AUGGCCCCGGAACACCAUGAGCCCCUCGACCGCGACGACCGCGAGGAUGCGCCGUUUCUUGCCCCUUCAGCCCCCGGGUCCCCCGUGCGCGCACGCCAUUCUCACAGUGACUCCAAACCGAGGAUCUCAUCAGACCUGAGGCCCGAGCCCACUAAUGCCUCCGCCAAAGCCAUUGGGUUCCGCCUGAAAGUGAUCCUGUUCGCCAUGAUCCUCAUGGUCGAAGUCGGGUUCGCCUUCCUGGAAGGACCGAUGGUCCGUAUCUUCGAGGCGAUUGCCUGUCGCCAGUACUAUGGCGAGGUCGAUCCGUCCAAAAUUGGCGCGAAUGGCCAAGUGCCCGAGAAAUUGUGCAAACUACCGGACAUCCAGUCGGAAUUGGCGGCGGUCAAGGGGUACCACGUGUUCUUUGAUGGAUUGAUGACUGCUCUCCUCGCCUUCCCUUACGGUCUGCUGGCAGACCGGCGCGGCCGCAAACCCACGCUUUGCCUGGCCAUCCCCGGCUUUGCCAUUCACACGAUCAUCAUCCUGACUGUGACGUGGUUCUCGGACAUUUUCCCCCUGCGCGCGGUCUGGCUGUCUUGCCUGGCCUGGCUGGUCGGGGGUGGUCCAGUUGUGGCGUUUGCCAUUAUCUGGACCAUGAUGGCCGACGUGACCACCGAGUCGGAGCGAUCUGCGCUCUUCUUCCAGUUCGGCAUUGUCUCCAUGGGCGCUGAUUUUGUGUUCAGCGCGGUCAGUUCAUGGCUGAUGACCAUGAAUCCAUGGGUGCCUAUGCUAAUCGGCUGGGGGAUUGUAUUCGCUGGCAUGUCGCUCACACUGUUUCUGCCAGAGACCAAGCAUGCCUUGCCAGAUGGCAAACCCGAGCCCUCUCACGUCGAGCUCUCGGAACUAUCCGAGAACAGCGAACCCAAACAUCACUAUCACAAGCCCGAAGGACCGGGCCUAUAUCACGACGACAGUGACCUGGACCUCGACGGUGAAGACCCCCUGUCCGCGGCCCCUCCUAGCGCGUAUCCGCGUCAGUCCCUGCUGGCCAGGUGCCGCGCUAACUACAGAUUUUAUGUGGCGCCGUAUACAUUCAUCCUGAACCGGAAGCCGGUUUUACUUCUGCUGAGCGCAUUCUUAGUGUACCGCCUGAGUCGGGGCUCGUCUUGGUUCCUGACCCAGUACAUUUCCACGCGGUAUAAAUGGACCCUCGCGCAGGCCAACCUGUUGGUGUCCUUCAAGCCUCUGGUGUCUGUGCCACUUUUCCUCUGGGGAAUCCCGUAUAUCAAGAAUCGGAUGUUGAAUCCGCGACGCUCGGUCGCCGAAAAGGAUCUCUGGCUGGCUCGUGCGAGUCUCUGCUGCCUCACGGUGGGAACUCUCGGGAUCGGCCUCUCCCCGUCCGUGGCGGCUCUGAUCCCUAGCCUGAUCAUCCAGACCUCCGGGUCGGGGUUCAUGUUUCUGACGCGCUCACUGAUCACCACACUGGUGGAAAGAGACCAGACCGCGCGUCUAUACACGGCGAUCGAGAUCCUGCAAUCGCUCGGCAACGUCGUGGCCAGUCUGACCAUCACGUCGGUCUUCCAGCUGGGCCUGCAACUUGGCGGGUUCUGGAUCGGCCUGGCGUGGAUGAUGACGAGUUGUCUGUUUUGCUUGGUCGGUCUGGCCAUCUACUGUUUCCAACUGCCGACCUCGUCGUCCGCAGCGCCAGAGUUUGUGGUUGGGGAGCUUGACGAGGAGGAACACGUGGAGUGA